GGAGGAGGACUCUGGACGAUAGAUUUAAGAUUUACUAAGCCCAGCGAGGAUCUCCAGUACAAUUAAAUAAUGGACACGGAAAACGACCAGCAAGAAGAGGAGACUUUCAGCAGCACGGAGAGCAAUGGUAAUGGUAAGCGCCCCGCAGAGGAUGCUGACGAUGAGCCAACGUACAAGCGCUCGCGAAAAUCUGAUGACAUGGUGGAACUGCGUGUGUUGUUACAGAGCAAAAAUGCUGGAGCCGUGAUCGGAAAGGGGGGCAAGAACAUUAAAGCGCUGCGUAGUGAUUACAAUGCCACUGUGUCAGUCCCAGACAGCAGUGGGCCCGAGCGGAUCCUGAGCAUCAACGCAGACAUCCCGACUGUAGCUGAUAUCCUGCUGAAGAUCAUCCCUACACUAGAGGAGUAUCAGCAUCAUAAAGGGGUGGACUUUGAUUGUGAGUUGCGGCUGCUGAUCCAUCAGAGUUUAGCAGGGAGCAUCAUUGGCGUGAAGGGGGCCAAAAUUAAGGAGCUGCGUGAGAGCACCCAGACUACCAUCAAGCUGUUCCAGGAGUGCUGUCCUCAGUCCACUGACCGCGUAGUGCUGAUUGGUGGUAAAGCAGACAGGGUUGUGCAGUGCAUUAAGACCAUGCUGGAGCUCAUUGCUGAGGCGCCCAUUAAAGGCCGUGCACAGCCGUACGAUCCAAACUUUUACGAUGAGACGUACGACUAUGGUGGCUACACCGUGAUGUACGAAGAACGUGGCCGCCGGCCAAUGGGAGGGGGGUUCCCCUCGCGGGACCGUGGGUUUGAUCGCAUGCCCCCUCGCUCCGGCCCACGGGCUCACCACAUGCCGCCAAGAGGGAGAGACUACGAUGACAUGAGUCCGAGACGAGGCCCUCCGCCACCCCAGAGGGGAGGCAGAGGUGGGGCCCGACCCCCGCGCAACAUGCCGAUGGGACCUCCCCACCAUCGCCGAGGUGACGACCAGUAUUCCUACAGUUCCCACCGCAGUCACUCGGACGACAGGCGGCAUGGGGACAGGAGAGGAAGACCUGGGGAUCGCUACGGUGGCAGUAUGAAUGAUGGCGGCUACGACAACAGCUCAUCCUGGGAUAACUAUCAUUCUGGUGGAAGAGGUAGCUACAGUGACAUGGGAGGUCCUGUCAUCACCACGCAAGUGACUAUUCCCAAAGAUUUGGCUGGAUCCAUCAUUGGAAAGGGAGGCCAGAGGAUUAAGCAGAUCCGCCGAGAAUCUGGAGCGUCGAUCAAAAUCGACGACCCGCUCCAGGGCUCUGAAGAUCGCAUCAUCACCAUCGCUGGCACGCAGGACCAGAUUCAGAACGCGCAGUACCUGCUACAGAACAGUGCUCUUCACAUCCUGGGACGCCAUGACUAACCUGACUCGCCCUCCACCUCUCUCAGGACCUGCCACACCACUCCACGUGUGAAACCCUGCAACCCCUCCACCUCCAUUACUCUGCGGCAUCUUAGAUUUUGCGUGAGAUCUUUUCCCGAGCUUUCAGCUUCAGCGGAUGAAUCGAUUGGGAAUGUCCUCCCUGUUAUCUAGGAUUGAGUUCAUAUUUUGCUUGGCUUUUUUAUUAAUUAAAAAAAAUUGAAAAAAUGUAGAUUUUAUUUUCAUUUUGUUAAGCACCAUGCUUGCAACGCUUCACAGAAAAGCCUGCUGUUGGGUUUUGUGUUGCUUUUCUUCAACCAUCCCAAAUCAAUCCAGAAUGUGCAUACACUUCUUGUUUGUUUUUUUGUUUUGUUUUGUUUUGUUUUUUUAUAAAGAUUUACUGUGUUUUCUUUUAUGGAGGUGAAGCGGGGGAAAACUUUCUUGUGGCGGUAUGGAGAACAUGGUGUGUAAAUAUCCAGUCAUUUAUAUUCAAAAAAGACGAAUUGGUAUAUGAAUCAGAAAUCCCGUACCUGUUCUGUCUGUGUGUCGCUCUCUUCUGAAGAUCCAGGCUUUACAGAUUAAUGUUGUAGGUUGUGUAUCAGUUUUCUCUCCCCAGUUUAAUGCUGGGUUUUAAAACCUGGUAUUUAUCAAAUUUGCUCUACCUCUGGAAUUUUUUCAUAGGUCUGCCACGCUGAAAUGGGGCCCUUUCUUUUUUCUUUUUCUUUCUUUUUUUCCUUCCUUCCUUCUUUUUAAAUUGAAAAUGUGGGUGUGAAGUUCUACUACUUUAGAUGUGUUUGUCAGGACAGAACAGUGAAUUGGAGGUUUUCUCCCUCUGUUUUGUUUUGGGUUUUUUUUCUUAUUCAAAUUGUCUGAGGUUCCUCGCCCCAAUACAUUUGUAGACUGUCAUUUGUCGACAAUAAUAAAAGUUAUGCCAGUUUUUUUUUAAUGAAA